AUGUUGGCCGGUUGCAUUUCAAAAUGGACCCCCGAUGUGGAAUCAGGAGAAUUGCUGCGACAGCAGCAGCUCCAGUUACGACAGCAGCAACAGCAUUCAUUUUGCGAUGAAGUAACUGAUAAAGUUCAACCUUCUGCGAGUACUACACACCUAGGCAGGAGGGUCCGGCUUGCGCCUGUUUGGGUCCGACAUGCAGUUGAGAUGCAGGCGCUUGUGCAUGAUAUAGGACAUGGUCCAUUUUCUCAUAACUGGGAACAAGUUUGUGGCAAAAGCUUUGAUCACGAGCAAAACGGCUUAACAUGCGUAGAUCAAAUCUUCGCCGAUGUAAAGAAUCCAGCGCUGAUUUCAUUACGUGAUGACAAAAGUGGACGCGGCGUGCAGUUAAUCAAGGCGCUUAUCAUUGGUGACCGUGAGCUAUUGACCUAUCCGAUGAUGGGGCAUGGCUAUAUCUUCGAUAUUGUGCACAACAAUCGCUGUGGCCUGGAUGUUGACAAGUGGGACUAUAUUCGACGCGACAACAAACGUCUCCAUGUACUCAGCGCUGAUGAAAUGGACUUCAAUGAAGUGUUUGAGCAAGCGCGCAUCUCCCCAGAUGGGCAGCGUAUUGAGUAUCGCUACGAUGACUACCAUCGCAUCUAUAAGCUCUAUGUGGCACGCUGGCGUCUGCAUGUGAGUGCCUAUCAAUUGCCCAAAGCUCUGGCUUUUGAUAAUCUUUUGGCCAAAAUUGUGCGCCGCGCACAGCCGAAUUUGACGAACAUUAGGGCUGAUAGCACUGGCGAUGCCUGGCUGGAAUUGGUUGACGACAAAGUGUUGCAGUUAAUAGCUGGCGAUCCUUUAACGCCUUAUCUACUAAAGCCAGAGCGCUGGAUUGAGAUCCCAGCCUGCAGCGGUGAAAAUCCUCAGUGUUUGUGCGUGAGGACCGAAAAACUUGGCCCUGGCAUUGAUAUGAAGCCAGAUGAGUUCUAUGCAUUAUACGGCGAUAAGCGCAAGCAACAGCGCAUUUCGCGCCUUAUGACAUCCUACCAAGUUAUCGCCUGCUUCAAGCUACUGGAGUGAAUCGUAUUCAAUAAUAAGAACAACCAAUAACUGCCGUAAAGUUCAGGGUACAAUCAAAUUUUAACUUUACAUUAAAUGAAUAUAUUUUUAAUGCACUUAAGUCUUUAUUUGUUUC